GGCUCUCAAAUAGGUAGCCUGGAGGUUAUUAUGGAGAGUAUUCAAGUUUAAAAAAAAGUUUUUUAAUUCAUUGACUCAUUUUGGCCAUCUUUAUACUUCUCUAGGUUUGAUUCCUCUUGUUAGAUAGGUAUAGAAUAAUUGACUAUAGAACAGUUUUGAAUGAUGUUAACAUUCAAAUAGGUUGUAAAGCCUGAAACAGGAAGAAAGCUCAUCUAACACUAGUCAAGAUAAAUUGACACUGGAAUACAUUGGUAGCCAUUGAUACCAGUGUAUAAAGAGAAUUCAAGGGUCAAUUCUUAAGCCUAAGUAUUGGUUAUAAAAGCAAUAAUUAGACAAAAUAUGGUGUUUGGCACAUCAAAGAGCUGAAAUGCAGCAAAUCUUAUUGUGUUGAGAUAGUUCAUAAUAUUUCCUCUUAAGAAUUCUAGUUAGUGGCAAAGAACAUUACCCCCAACAUCAGUAAUAUCAACCCAGAUUCCAUCAUGAGUGAAGAAAAUGAGUAGACAUUUUUAUUUGUGUUACAUAAAACCUCAAAUUGCAAAAAGUAAAAUAAUAAAAAUAAAAAGUUUUAUUUUCCAGUCAUUGGCUAAAUGGGAAGUAAUUCCACCUGCUUCACUUUCCUCAGACUUUUUAAAAGCUUAGCUUAAAUCUUUAAGAAAACUGCAUAGAACUUUUUGACCUCAUAGCAUACAACUGAAAUAAAUGCUAUUAUGAUGUCUAUCCCAAGUGUCAGGGCCCCAGUUUGUAAGUGGUUCUUGUGAUGUCCUCUCUCCCUUACUAUACUCUUCAUCAUCUCCAGCAUAAUACUUUGCAUGUAAUAGGUUCAGUAUUGGCAUUUUGCUGUCAGUGUUGGAUUUGAAGCGUUCAUUACCAGCUGGACUCGGUCUAUCAGAAACCCAAAUUACAUCUCAUGGCUUUGACAAUACCAAAGAGGGGGUCAUCGAAGCAGGACCAUUUCAAGGUUCCCCAGCACCAUCUAUGUCUUCUGUUAUAUCUCCUAGCAAUGCUGCAGCUAGCAGACUGGCUGAACAAGGAAGGGAUUUAAUUGGUCCUGCAGGUGGCCAAAGAAUACAGCAAAAAAGUGGACCAGUUAUUUUAGCAGAUGAAACAAAAAAUCCUGCAAUGGAGAAAUUAGAGCUUGUAAAAAAAUGGAGCCUAAACACCUAUAAGUGUACUCGUCAAAUUAUCUCUGAGAAGUUGGGUCGUGGCUCAAGAACAGUGGACCUUGAACUAGAAGCUCAGAUUGAUAUAUUAAGAGAAAAUAAGAGAAAAUAUGAAAACAUAUUGAAACUGGCUCAGACACUGUCCUCCCAGCUCUUCCAGAUGAUACACACUCAGAGGCAACUCGGAGAUGCUUUUGCUGACCUGAGUUUGAAGUCCCUGGAACUCCAUGAAGAAUUUGGCUACAAUGCAGAUACCCAGAAACUGCUGGCUAAAAAUGGAGAAACUCUUCUUGGAGCUAUUAAUUUUUUUAUUGCAAGUGUGAAUACUUUGGUGAGCAAAACAAUAGAAGACACAUUAAUGACUGUGAAACAAUAUGAAAGUGUCAGGAUUGAAUAUGAUGCAUACCGGACUGAUUUAGAAGAAUUGAAUCUUGGACCACGUGAUGCAAACACUCUGCCAAAAAUUGAGCAGUCACAGCAUCUGUUCCAAGCACAUAAAGAAAAAUAUGAUAAAAUACGCAAUGAUGUAUCUAUCAAAUUGAAAUUUCUAGAAGAAAAUAAGGUUAAAGUAUUGCACAAUCAGCUAGUUCUUUUCCACAAUGCCAUCACAGCUUACUUUGCUGGGAAUCAGAAGCAGCUUGAACAGACACUCAAACAGUUCCACAUCAAAUUGAAAACUCCUGGAAUGGAUGCCCCAUCCUGGCUUGAAGAACAGUAAUCAGAUCUGGGGAGGGGAAAAAAGAGACCCCAUUUCAUCUGAGAACCCAAUAAGAAUUAAAAGGGGGGGUGGGGAGGAAAAAGGGGGAAAGGACCCUUAAUGUUGAUUCUUGCACAAACAGCUUUAAUUUUUCCCUUUUAAUAUUUUAACAAUUGAACUGUUCAAAUUAAUGGGAAGAUGGGGUGACUAAUAUAAACAUAAUUUCUGUAAUCCAAACGAUAGCUUUUCUUUUGAAGAACUUCUUUUGUAUUGUAAGGGUUGUUGGCUAUUUCUAUAAUUUGAAAACAUCUAAAAUAGCUUUGCACUGACAAGAUACAAAUUUGUGGUUUCUGGUCCUCAAAAUGUGGGCCGGUAUGACUUUUCCAAAGGGAGGUAGGUUUACAUGAUUUGUAUCAACAUCUAAUAUUUUAUAUAUGAAUAUAUUAAACAUCUUUAAAAGAUUCUUUUCCAUGUAUUAUUUUAAAGAAGAGAGUAAUACUAUUUUACAGAAUAAAAUUAUAGGGCAUUUCUACAGCAUCCAAAUAGAGGAAGUAGCUGUAAUAAAUGAUUGAUUAACUUAAGGAAUCACAACAGAUCCCUUCUUUAAUGAUGAAGUACUGCUAGAAGUUUGUUUUAAAAAUUGUGAACAAAUAAGAAUUAUAACUGUCUUGUCCAAGAAGCUUCCAAAAUCACAGUUGUAUUAUUAUUAUUAUUAUUAUUAUAUAAAGACUUUGGGUGGUUCUUACUAGCAGUUUCAUUUUUUUACUAAAAACUGAAACCUGCUUGUUUUAAGAGACCACCCCACAUGCCAUUUGGUUGAUCUUGGGCAUUUUGACAGGUUAACUGGAAUACAAGUUGUGGGUCAUUUCUAGUCCAAAAAUCUGUGAUAGAAAACUUUUUAGGCAGUGUUGCCCUUUCAAUAAAGUAGAUUCCUAGACAGAUUUCACUGUAAUAAUGCCGUACUAGCCUUAAAUCACGGAGAAGUGCCUUCUUAGAUACAAUAAUUCUCUUUGAACCAGUGUAUAUAAUCCACAGGGUAGCCCCUUCCAAAUAAUGUUUGCUGUGUCUGUCUCUAGCAGAGGGGCUCUGUAGAAAUUUUUAAUUUCUUUGUACUCAAUAAAACCAAGUUUAAAGUUUAUGGGAAAAUCACUUUUUAAAACGUGAUUCCUUUUGAGGAAUAGUAAGUGGAAGGGCCUUUUUUUUUCCCUUUUUGAUAGGGGGAGGGAGUUGGCUAGUAGGAGGAAGGAAAGAGAUGGAAAGCCAGUAAUCUCUUAGUUGCUGGUCAGUGUUGACUUCUUGUAAGUGAUCUGUCUUGUUUUCCUUCAUCUGUAGUAUAAUCCUUAUUAAAUGUAAAUUUUCUGUUAAUUUUUUUAUCAUAGACAUUAUAAAUUAAUAUUAUUUUGAGAGGUGUCUCUUGCAGAUGUUCAUUUAUUUUGUGUUGAAAUGAAGUACUCAAAAAUUGCUGUUAUUUACAACUACGUCAACUAUAUGGUUUGUUAUAUAUGUGCAAAUGCCUUCCAGCUGAGAGGCAUUUUGAGUUAUUAUGCUGGUUUUCAAUGCCUAACACGAUAUAACGUGACUAUAAACCACAACCCUAUUUUAAAUCAUUCCUUACUCUAUAUUUGUAUUCUGACAGAGCCUUAGUUUAUUCUUCUGGCACAGUUUUUUUCUUGUGAUAAUAGUUCAUUUACAUUCCCCAGAAUGUGCCUCCAUUGUGAAUUUUGUAUUCUUAUUAAAGAUGUUUACUGCA